CUAAUUCACAAAAUCACUCAAUAAAUAAUUUCGUUGAUAGAAUUUCUAAAACAGAGCAAGAUGAGUUAGAAUUAUUAUUUGCUAAAUCAAUAUAUCAGUGUGGUUUGUUUCUUUCAUUGUCUGAAUCAGCACCAAUAAAAACUUUGUGGCAAAAAGCUCGUCCUGCAUUCAAAUUGCCUGGAAGAAAAAAACUUUCAAAUGAAUUGCUUGAUCAAGUUUUUAUUGAAACAAAAGAAGAAGUUGACAAGUUAGUUGAAAGUGCUGAAUAUAUAAGUUUGAUUUCUGAUGGUUGGACAAGCAUCACUCAAGAGCAUUGGACAAAUUAUAUAUUAACUACUCCAAAACCUGUUUUUUUAAAAGCCAAUACUACUGGUGAAGUUCGUCAAACAGCUGAAAAUAUUGCUGCAGACAUAGAAGAUAUUAUCAAAACUUUAGAUAUUAACAAACUCUCAGCUGUGGUGACCGAUAAUGCUAGUGUAAUGAAAAAAGCAUGGAGUAUAUUAAGUAAAAAUUAUCCUGGUGUGUUUUUUUUGGGAUGCAUCUCUCAUAAUUUAAAUCUUUUGAUCAAUGAUAUUGUUAAAAUAUCAUGGGUGGAUAUAGUUGUAAAAGAUUGUAAGAAAGUUGUUAAAUAUUUUAAGGCACAUUUAAUUCCAUCAGCAGUAUUUAAGAGACAUCAAAAGGCAAAUUAUCAAUAUCCAACAUCUCUCAAGUUACCUGUAAAAACACGUUGGGGGUCCUCUGUUAUGUGUUUACAAUCAGUUAUUAAAAAUAAAUUAGCUUUAGAACUUACAAUUACAGAAUUAUCAUUUGAUUCUUCAUUUGAUUUAGAUAGUGAAGUAAAAUUAAUUAUACAAAGUCAGCAAUAUUGGAACAAUAUAGUUUCAACUCUUAUUAUUUUAAAUAAAUUAUUUGAUGGAAUAAAAUUUUAUGAAAGUGAUCAACUAAACUUAGCAUAUUUUUACAAUUGGUAUCAAAAUCUUUUUAAUUCAGAUGAUAAUUUAAAUUACGAAAUUCAAGAAAUCAUUGAAAAACGAUGGGAAAAAAUAUACAAUCCUAUAAUGAUGGUAGCUUAUUUUCUUAACCCUAAGUUUAAAAAUCAUGUAUUACCAGAAAAUUGCAUGAAUGUAAUUUCUGAUUUCAUCAAAAAAUAUUAUUAUAAUGAUUCUUCAAAAAUUUGGGGCCAGUUAUUACAAUACAAGGCACAUUCAGGUCCAUUUAAUAAUUCAUUGGCAUGGAAGAUAGUAGAUGACAUAGAUAUAAUCACAUGGUGGAAAGGCAAUUUUUAUUCAGCAGCUCCUGAACUAGUAAAAUUUGCUGUUCGUAUAAUUUCAGUUCCUACUUCAUCAGCUGCUUCAGAAAGGAAUUG